AUGGCCGCCUUCGCUUUGAGGCUCCCGUCGGCGACGAGACGGUUCUGCAGCGCACGCUCACCUGUCCGCGCGUUCUCGUGCACCCGGAAAGCGACCGGCGCUCUGACGGGCCAGGGGGACCGAUUCGGUGGCGUGACCGUGAACCUGGCCGACGCCGGUCUACCGGAGGACGUCAGCGAGAGCUCGUUCGGCAGAUUGCUUCGAGACUCGCUGGCCCAGUGGAAGGCCGAGGGGAGGGUGGCCGUGUGGCUCCGGGUGCCCAUCUCGCUGAGCCGCUGCGCCGCCGCCGCCUCCGCCCACGGCUUCACCUUCCACCACGCCAAACGGGACCACGCCGUGUUGGCCCUCUGGAUGGGGGACGGGGAGAGCAUGCUGCCCGGGUUCGCGACCCACCAGAUAGGAGUGGCAGGUGCAGUUGUUGAUGAAUCGAAUGGAAAAGUUCUAGUGGUCCAAGACAGAAACAAGACAAAGAAUGCGUGGAAGUUCCCCGGCGGCUUGUCUGAUCCGGGAGAAAAUAUCGGGGCCACCGCUGUGCGGGAGGUCUUCGAGGAGACCGGCGUCCGCUCCGAGUUCAAGUCGUUGCUCAGCAUCCGGCAGCAGCACGACCACCCGGGCGCCUUCGCCAUGUCGGACAUGUACAUCAUCUGCCGGCUGCGCCCGCUCAGCUACCGCAUCGACUUCUGCACUCGGGAGUGCCUGCGCUGCGAGUGGCUGGAGCUGGCCGAGCUGGCCCGGACGGACCGGACCACGCCCAUCACCUCCCGCGUGGCCCGGCUCCUGCUGCGCGGCCUGCAGCGCGGCUUCGACGACAUCGACCUCGCCAUGGAGGAGCUGCCCGCCGUCCACCCGGGGAAGUUCUACCAGCUGUACCACAGGCCGCUCAAAGGCUAG